AUCAACCCUCCAAAAACUCAGUAAUAUACAUUAUCACGUACACUUUCGAUAUCUUUAACAUGACAAAACAAGGUCUCAUUAUCUUGUCAUUCCUCUUUUUUUACCACUUCACCACAUCUCUUGCUCAAUCUCAGGCCCACGCUCCAUCCCAUGUCAAAGCUGAAGCCCCGGCAGCCAAACCACCAAUAUCGAAGACACAAGCUGUGGAACCGCCGUCUGAAGUACCACUCAUUCAAGCGCCACCUCACAAAUCACUGGUUGCGCCCACCAACGUCUCCAAAAUCCUUGAAAAGGCUGGCGGUUUCAGUGUCUUCAUUCGCCUACUGAGGAGCACCUCAGUAAGUAUCCAGAUUGAAAAUCAACUCAAUGUCUCUAACAGCUUGACCAUUUUCGCUCCAUCAAACGGUGCGUUUUCGGCUCUCAAACCGGGCACUCUCAACUCCCUCUCCACCGAAGACAAAGUCCAGCUCGUACAAUACCACAUUCUUCCAUCCUUUGUUUCUCUCCAAAACUUCCAGACUCUAAGCAACCCUGUACGGACCCAAGCCAGCAAUACUUAUGACUUCCCACUGAACAUUACAGUGGAAGGUAGUUGGGUCAACAUUUCAACAGGACUUGUUAAUACCACAAUAUCCGCGACAGUUUAUGAAGAUAAUCAGCUUGCUAUUUAUAAGGUCGAUAAGGUGUUGCUUCCUCUUGGCAUUUUCGCUCCAAGGCCGAAGCGUUUGGCUCCUGCACCCGCGCCAGUUAAACCGUCCUCUUCAUCAUCGUUUUCAUCGGAUAGCCCAAUUGAAGCGUUGGAUGCGUCGAAUGCCCUCAGUGUCACCAGAAGUGGUUUUGCGACAACUAUUGGAGGAUUUGCUUUGGUGGCCACAAUUUUCAUGAUGCGGUAACUUUGGAAAUAAUGAAUGUUUUAACGAAUGGUUAUUUUGAGUUUUGAUUAAUAGUUGUAAUAAUUGUUUGUAGUUGGAUCGACUGAUGAAAAUAUAUGGUUCUUUGAUUGGCU